AUGAGCAGUCCAGGCCAAGAUAAGAAAGACCAGAAGCUCGAGACUAAGCCCUUGUUUCACUCACUCACACCUAAUGACCAGGUUGACCGCCCGCAGUAUCGAUCCAUUGCUGUUGCGUCUUUGAUGGAAUCACGCUCCCCCCUCCAUCAAAGGGGUGCAGCAUUUCCAGGUCCUAUGUCGUUUAACACGGCUUCAAAGAAGUCCCCAUCGAAGGGACCUGACGGAAUUGCUAUCUUACCUUCGUUCGGGGUGCGUGUGGACCGUACAAAGUAUACAGACGUGAUUCCGCGCGAUCUUCCACCGGCACCUUUUCGGCUUGAAAUGCAUACACACUUUCACGUGAAGCUAGAAUCAACGCAACGUGUGUGCGGUGUCGUGGGCAUCAAGCUAUGUGAGCUGGAUACUGAUUUCGUGUUCGAUGCUGAGAAGUGCAAGUGGAAGGUUGAAUAUCGCCGGAACGCCGCGCACCGUGUCAGUCUCAACAUUGUGAUUUUCAAAACGGCCAAGCAAGAGUACGUCAUUGAAGUUCAACGUCGCGAAGGCGAUAUUACGGCUCUUAUGUUCUUAUAUCACGAACUGAAGAGCCUAUUUCGACGCAGCCAACUUCUUAGCGACAAAAUCACCACUUCAAAUGGGGUCAAACGCGCCGCCCCCAAGCCACUUACAACGCUACCACUUUCACCUGACAGUAUUCAAAAUGGAGUCUCUGCUUUAAAGGGGUUGCUUGAGAGCAAGUAUGCAGAUGCGCAGAUGCAAGGUGUGCUUGGCACUAUUUCUAUGUCUGCCAUUGAGGAAUCUCGGUCUGGUAUGACUGGUCUCGUACCACAGCUCGUGACACUCGGCCAGUCAAAAAAUUCUAACGUUUCUCGUUUAGUAACCGCCGCGCUUGCACGGCUAUGUGACCAUCCACAGUGCCGCCAAGAAUUCAUUCGCUCUGAUGGUUGGCAGUACAUUGUUGACCUUGCUACCGGUGGCCCUAACGUUACGCCAGAGGUGCAGCGAGAAAGUCUUCAUGUUGUAGAGACACUGUGUUCGCUUUACUACGAAGAACUUGCCAAGUCUGAAAAAUCGGUUCGCUUAUUAAAGCUGGUUCAGGAGUGGCAAAAAAUUGAUGAUCCUCGCCUCAAGAAGCACGCAUGCAACGCACAUCGUGCGCUGAAGGAGGCUGGAGUCCUCGCUUAA